CAAAGGAAAACGAGUGCCGGGAAGUGCUCGCGAAGGACAAAUGACGAUGGCUGUGAAGAGAGGAGAGGAAAUGAGAGAGGCGUAGUGCUUGAAGGUGCAGUGACGUUGUUGGCCUGAAGGGGGACGAAGAGUGAGAAGGGGAGAUUUGCAGUUGGUGGAACCAGUAUGUGACGUCAGCAGCUUGUUGGAUUGAGGUGCUUUGUCCAGCUGAUUUUAAUCCGAACUCAUUAAGGAACCGAGAGCGAGUGUCUGCGCAAGUGCUCCGGCGAGAGAAAGUGACAGCCGACCGAAGGCGUACUCGACAAUCCAUCGAGGGAGAUAAGUAGACCCCAUCUAUGACUCAGAGACGGCGGGGGAACCGUUUUUGAUAUCCCCCGUUUUAAGCAUCUUGCUGGGUUUUCUUUUCUUUCUGUUGUGCGUUCUUUGUCCUUGGAAUUUCAUCGCGUGACUUGGUCAAACAUGCCCACAAACGGAAUUAACAGAGCCCUCAAGCUCCAGUUUGGGCUCAUCAACUACGAAAACCGCUACCUUACAGCAGAGGCCUUUGGCUUCAAGGUGAACGCUUCAGGCACCAGUAUGAAGAAGAAGCAGAUCUGGACCCUGGAGCAAGACGAACACGACGGCCAGGUGGUGUUCCUCCGCAGUCACUUGGGGCGUUACCUGGCUUCCGACAAAGACGGCAAGAUCACAUGCGGGGCUGAAAGUCCUGAACCAGAGUGCCGGUUCCUGAUUGUGCCCCAGUCCGAUGGUCGCUGGGCGCUGCAAUCAGAACCUUAUCUGCGUUACUUUGGAGGCUCAGCCGACUACCUGUCCUGCUUUGCCCAGGUGAUUGCCGAGCAGGAGUUAUGGGCCGUCCAUUUGGCGCUACACCCGCAGGCCAGUCUGCUCAGCGUGGCGCGGAAACGCUACGCCCACCUGUCGGCCUCCGACGGAGAGAUCUCGGUGGACAGCAACAUCCCCUGGGGGGUGGACUCCUUGGUCACUUUGGUGUACCAGGAGGGCAAGUACAGCCUGAAAACCUGCGACAGCCGUUUUCUCAGCAAUGACGGCAAACUGGUGAAGGAGAACACCAACGCCACGAGCUUCACUCUGGAGCUGAAAUCCGGCAAGCUGGCCUUCAAGGACUGCGAUGGCAAAUAUCUGACCCCCGUGGGUCCCACGGGAACUUUGCGAUCUGGCCGAUGUUCCAAGCCGGGGAAAGAUGAGCUCUUUGACCUUGAGGAAAGUCACCCGCAAGUCGUUUUUCAAGCUGCCAAUAAAAGAUUUGUCUCCGUCAAGCAAGGUGUGAGCAUUUCAGCCAACCAGGAUGCGGAGACGGACAUGGAGACUUUCCAGAUGGAAAUUGACAAGAAGAGCAAAAAGUCCAUGUUCAGGACAAACGGGGGAUCCUACUGGACUCUUGUGACACACGGAGAGAUCCAGUCCACUGCAUCCGAAGCAGAGAUCAAUACAAUGUUUGAUAUCGAGUGGCGGGGACACAGAGUGGCUCUCAAGGCCAGCAAUGGCAAGUAUGUGUGCACAAAGAAGAACGGGCAGCUCUCGGCAGUGAGCGAUGCUGUAGGGGAGGAUGAAUUGUUCCUGAUGAAGCUCAUCAACCGACCCAUGCUGAUCCUCCGCGGGGAGAAUGGCUUUGUGUGUCACCACAAGAACUCCAACACUCUCAAUGCCAACCGAUCGGUCUACGACAUUUUCUCACUGCUAUUCAACGACGGCGCCUACAACAUUAAAAGUGUGAAUGGAAAAUUCUGGUACGUCUCCAGUAAUGGCCUCGUGUGCUCAGAUGGCGAAAAAGCUGAAGAUUUUUUCUUGGAGUUCCUGGAACACGGGCGGAUAGCUAUCAAAGGUUUCAACGGCAAGUACCUUCGAGGAGACCAGGGAGGCACGCUCAUGGGCGAUCGCACUUUAGUUGAUGCAUCUUCUCUUUGGGAGUACUAAAACCUCAUCGAGUCUGUGUGUCCUAACGCGGUGCAAGACGAUAAUGAGAUGAAGAAGCUGCUGCUGUCAGCUCACACAAAGUGGAUUGGCUGGCUAACAUUUUCAUGCCAUGUUUUAUAUCAGCAGCCAGACGCCCAAUCGCAUUUUUAAAUUGAGACGUUUCGGAAGAGCUUUGCUUCCUCAUUUUGUUGUUUCCUCUUUCAAAUGACCACGUAAUUGCCAAUGUGAGCGCGAAAAGAAAAAAGAAUAAUCAUAGCUCAUCCAAAUAUGUUCUUUCAAUCGAGGCCAGCAAAAGUACAUCAUGUCCAAGCAGACGCCCACAACGAAAACAUCCUGAUUACGAGUGCUGUCUAGUUCGUAUUGAAUGCCAUCCAAAUAUUAUUUGUAAAAGCCAAGUGAUGAACCAAUGCCAUCGCAAUAUUGAAACAGACACGAUUUUAGUUUCGCCGACCCUUGCAUUAAAGUCCGCCCCCCACCCUU